AUGCCAACAGACCCAGAAGACAAGGGAGCACGUGCAGAAUAUACACAAAUUGUACUACAGGUCGAACAUGACAAGGAAGAACAGGCCGGCUUCGUUCAGAUCUUCAGAAAGCCAACAUUGAGGCGCGGAGCGAUUCUGGUCAUCUUUCUUCUCUUUGCAUCACCAUCGACAGGAAUCGUUGGCAUUUCGAAUUAUCUUCCAGUCAUUUUCCCAGGUCUCUGCUUGACUGGUGUCAUGCCACUGGUCAUGUAUGGAGUCUGGUGUACGAUUGGGACGUUGGUAACGCUCUUGACCAUUUUCAUCGUCGACAGGGUCGGUAGACGAACACUGUUGCUCACUGCGUAUCCGUUGUUAGCGCUGGUACACCUUGCCGAGUCCCUUCUGCAGAACGCGUACAUUGACACGGAAAACCGCGGUGGCCUUGGGGCUCGCCUCUUGUUCCUUUUGAUCUAUAUCAUCACGUUUCAAUUCAUUUAUUCUCCAGCAUUAUUUGGGUUGCUGAGGUUUGGCCAAAAACGUACCGCGAAGGGUAUCAGUCCCGAUUUUUACUCAUUUUUCAUCGGCUCUCUCACAUAUACAACUCCGAGUGGGGUUGCAUUCAAGGGAUCUAACAUGUCCUGGACGGGAAUAUCGAUUAUGGAUUUACCAGACGCACUCCCUUCGGCUCCAACCCUAAGAGGUGAGGGAACUCAACCGCCUCCCUUCCUAGAUAUAGGUGUGAACCGCGGUACCUGUGGGCCUUCAAUCCACCAUCGUAGCGAAGGGAACUCACCACAAGCAGCGCUUGGAAUAUUUGUCCCCUUGGAAUUUGGGACGUCUUACGCACUCCCUACCGUCCGAUUUACUCCUUAG